AUGAAAAAUCCAUUAUCGAAAUCGUGUUCACACUGCUUGAAAUCAGAACAUUUCAUCGGGGCUUGUUAUUUCCCUGAAAAUAAUGUUAAUGGUCAAGAAAUACAGUUGCCGCCAGGCCAAGAAUGCCAAAUGACUCCAGUUAUUCAUGUUCUGCAACACCCUGGUUGUGUGCCAAAGCCAAUUCCUUCAUAUGCAUGCAUCGGCAAAUGCACGAGCUAUGUACAGGUGUCCGGUAGUAAGAUUUGGCAAAUGGAGCGUUCAUGUAAUUGUUGCCAAGAGUCAGGAGAACGAGAAGCCACCGUUGUUUUGUUCUGCCCAAAGGCCAAAAGUGAGGAGAAAAGAUUUAGAAAGGUAUCCACGAAAGCACCCUUAGAAUGCAUGUGUCGUCCUUGUGGAACAGUCGAUGAGAGUUCAAUAAUUCCUCAAGAAAUCGCUGGAUAUGCUGAUGAAAGCCUUUUACAAAGUCAUUUUAGAAAAAGCUUA